UUCCGGCGGUGAGCUCGUGGGGCUCCUGGGCUUAGGUCGUCCUCAUCCUCACGUGUCUUCCUCUGCAGCUGCCGCGGUCGCCUUCGCGAUGCUUCCUUUGCUGCGCUGCGUGCCCCGAGCGUUGGGUUCCGCCGUCGCGGGCCUCCGCGCCGCCUCGCCCUCCGCACCGCUCCGGCCGCUGCUGCAGCUCGCGCCCCGGCCCUGCAUCCGACCCUUCGGGCUCCUCAGCGUGCGCGCGGGGUCGGAGCGGCGGCCCAGCCUCCUGCGGCCUCGCGGGCCCUGCGCCUGCGGCUGCGGCUGCGGCGGGCUGCACACCGAAGGGGACAAAGCUUUUGUUGAAUUUCUGAGCGAUGAAAUUAAGGAGGAAAAGAAGAUACAGAAGCAUAAGUCCCUCCCUAAGAUGUCUGGAGGUUGGGAUCUGGAAGUGAAUGGGACAGAAGCCAAAUUGUUCCGGAAUGUUGCUGGAGAGAAGAUCACAGUCACUUUCAACAUUAACAAUAGCAUCCCACCAACAUUUGACGGGGAGGAGGAGUCCCAGGGGCAGAAGGUUGAAGAACAGGAGCCUGAGCUGACGUCCACUCCCAAUUUCGUGGUUGAAGUUAUAAAGAGCGGUGGCAAGAAGGCCCUGGUGCUGGACUGUCACUACCCGGAAGAUGAGGUUGGUCAAGAAGAAGAGGGCGAGAGUGACAUUUUCUCCAUCAGGGAAGUGAGCUUUCAGUCCACUGGAGAAUCUGAAUGGAAGGACACAAAUUACACACUCAACACAGAUUCCCUGGACUGGGCCUUAUAUGACCACCUCAUGGAUUUCCUUGCGGACCGGGGGGUAGACAACACUUUUGCAGAUGAGCUGGUGGAGCUCAGCACAGCCCUGGAGCACCAGGAGUACAUAACUUUUCUGGAAGACCUCAAAGGUUUUGUCAAGAGCCAGUAGUACAGACAGGACACUGAAUACCUGGAUUUUAUGGCCGGCUUUGCCAGUGAACAAAACCUCCUCUGAAGCCAAACAUGUACUUUAAAAUGGUUUUCACCCUAAUAUCAUGGAAAAUAAUUCAGAUUUAAAUUAUUUGUUGCCCUCUUACUUGCUAUUCAUUUGUUUCUUUACAAACCUAUUUCUUCUAGAUUUUUGUAUAACAUAAUGAUGGACAAUAAAAAAUUGAUUUAUCUCUAA